AUGUUGUCGAGCAUUGCCCGGCCCUCGCAACUGCGAAUUGCGCCUGCUCUAAGAAGAAGCCCGUUGCUCGGCCGGAUGUACUCCAUCGUCGUCGAUGCGGGAAAGUACCAGCCCGGCCAGAAGCUCUCCGGCUUUACCGUCGCUCGCAGCCAGGUUGUUCCCGAGCUGGAGCUUACCGCCACUCAGCUGAUCCACGAUCGCACUGGAGCGGAACAUCUCCAUAUCUCCAGAGAUGAUCAAAAUAAUGUCUUUGCUGUUGGAUUCGAGACUCCACCGACGGACAGUACUGGUGUUCCUCAUAUUCUUGAGCACACCACACUCUGCGGUAGUGAGAAGUACCCUGUGAGAGAUCCGUUCUUCCAGAUGCUUCCUAGAUCAUUGCAGAACUUUAUGAAUGCGUUCACGGCAGCCGACUACACUUUCUAUCCGUUCGCGACUACUAAUAAGGUUGACUAUGAAAACUUGAGGGAUGUCUACAUGGAUGCAACUUUCUUCCCGAAGCUGCGCAAGCUGGACUUCCUGCAAGAGGGAUGGAGAUUGGAGCAUGAGGACCCUAAGGACACAUCGACUCCUAUUACAUUCAAGGGUGUCGUCUACAACGAGAUGAAGGGACAAAUGUCGGAUGCGUCAUACUUGUUCUACGUUCGCUACCAGCAACAUAUGUUUCCGGGCACAUGCUACUCUCACGACAGUGGAGGCAACCCAAUGAACAUCACUGACCUCACCUAUGAGCAAUUGAAGGCCUUCCACAAGAAGCACUACCAUCCUUCCAAUGCCAAGUUUUUCACUUAUGGCAACUUCCCUUUGGAAGACCAUGCUGAGAAGAUCAAUGCCAAGUUGGAGCCCUUUGUGAAGGAUGCUCCAGAGAAGAGUUUGAAGGAUAUCGUUGGGUUUGAUUCACCCAAGGCUGUUACUCUCCCGUGUCCCGUCGACCCUCUUGCGGAUCCCACUCGACAAUUGAAGACAUCCUUGUCAUAUCUUGCAAAUGAAGCUAGCGAUGUCUUUACUACCUUUUCAUUGCGUGUUUUGUCUAAUUUGCUUCUGGAUGGCCAUUCUUCUCCUCUGUAUCAAGCCUUGAUCGACACUAAUGUCGGUAGCGAAUGGUCACCGAACACGGGUUACGACCCGUCGGCGAAGACCACGGUGUUCUCGAUUGGAUUGCAGGGAGUGAAGGAGGGCGGAGUUAUAGGGUUUCAGGAAACUGUAGAGAGAGUGCUGAAGGAAGUUGUUGCGAAGGGGUUUGAGCAGAAGCGUGUAGAUGCCGUCUUGCACCAGAUGGAAUUGAGCUUGAAGCACAAGACUGCGACUUUCGGUAUGUCGGUGUUGCAGAGCAUGACCAGUGGAUUUUUCAAUGGUGUUGAUCCUAUGGACAUGCUUGAAUGGAAUAAGACUGUUGACAGGUUCAAGGAGGAGCUCGCAAAGGGCAGGUACUUGGAGGGUUUGGUUGAGAAGUACUUGCUUGGAAACCAGAGGCGCUUGGCAUUCACCAUGGAACCCAGCAAGACCUUCACGGAAGAUUUGGCGAAGGAAGAAGUUGAGCGAUUGAAGGGGAAGGUGGACAAGUUGACCGAGGAAGACAAGAAGCGCAUUCAAGAGGAGGGUCUUGCAUUGUUGAAGAAUCAGGAAGAAAAGGGUGAUCCAUCGUGCUUGCCGACGCUGCAUGUGAGCGACAUCGCCAAGGAAGGGCCAAAGACCCCGCUUGAGUAUGCUAGCGUGGAAAACGUUCCGGUGCAGAUUCGUGCCGCUUCGACUAAUGGUCUUACCUAUUUCCGUGCGGUCAGCUCUCUAAAUGAUUUGCCGGAUGAGCUCAAGUUGUACUUGCCGCUCUUUGCUGACUGCUUGAGCAACCUCGGUACGAAGACCAGGACCAUGGCUGAGUUGGAUGAUGAAAUCAUGCUAAGGACUGGCGGUUUGCGCGCAAGCACGAUGGUGUCCACUGGUCAUUCUGACCUGAAUCAGGUCGAGGAAGGUCUCGCGCUGUCGGGUUACAGUUUGGACGGUAACGUGCAGCGCAUGUUUGAGCUGUUCAGGCAAUUACUGUUGGAGACCAACUUUGACAACGUCGAUAAGCUGAAGAGCUUGAUUCGUGGUAAUGCAAGCGGUAUUGUAAACAGUAUUGCGGACAGUGGACACGCUUUUGCUAGGACUUACGCCGCGAGCAUGAUUUCGCCUAGUGCAAGAUCCAGUGAGAUCUUCGGUGGAAUGACGCAGAUGAAGUUGAUCAGUCAGCUUGCUACGAUAGAGGACUUGAGCGAGGUUAUCGCCAAGUUGAAGGCGAUUGCUCAGAUUGCCUUCUCUAGGUCCAGCAUGAGGGUCGCUCUGACUUGUGGCCAGGAGUCCCUGGAUACGAACGAGCAGCUGUUAGGCGAGUUCCUGCGGGGCUUCCCUCAGCACCCUGCUCUUCGCAAUGCCGCAGAGGUUACCCCGCAUGGACUGCCUUCCAAAGCUUACUUCCCCUUGCCCUACUCUGUGACUUAUUCAGGUGUUGCUGUGAAGGGUGUACCCUAUACUCACCCUGAUGGUGCGCCGCUGCAGAUCUUGUCUUCACUGCUUACUCACAGACACCUCCACCGCGAAAUUCGCGAGAAGGGUGGUGCCUACGGCGGUGGUGCUACGUACAAUGGCCUUGGCGGGAUCUUUAGUUACUACUCUUACCGUGACCCCAACGCUGAAAGAACAUUGAAGACUUUCACGGAGAGCGGAGAAUGGGCUCGUGACCACGAGUGGUCUGAACGUGAUUUGGAGGAGGCCAAGUUGAGUGUCUUCCAGAAAAUUGACGCACCCAUAAGUGUCAGUCAGGAGGGUAUGGCCAGCUUCUUGGAGGGCGUGAAUGAUCAGCAGAGACAGCUUCGCAGAGAGCGUCUGCUUGCUGUGGACAUCCCUUCCAUUAGGGACGUUGCUGAGCGCUACCUCGUAAAUGCUUUCAAGAGCGGACAGUCCAGCACUGCAGUGUUGGGUGAGAAGAAGGAAUUUGCUACUAAGGAGAACGGCUGGGAGCUGUUCAACUGGGGUGCAGAAGCGGCUGAGAAGGUCCAGCACCAGGCCGAGGAGCCCGCUGCCGUGGUUAUCGAGUCUUGA